AUGGAGCAGCGAGAACAAAGGGUCGUCGUCAGCUGGGGUAAAUCAACCGAGGGCCGGUAUCUGACGCGCCAAUUCACACCCUCUAAUGUUGGCGCUGGCUUCAUCGAAGUUCCAAUUAAGGUUUAUGAAGAAGGGCGAUUCUCAAAUAUCAUCGCACAAUGGGCCGUCGGAGAUCCGGUUGACUGGAGAGGACCUUACGACACGGAUCAUCAUUUUAAUUUUAGAGAAUUACCAUCGCUACUGAUCGUCUGUUCUGGCACCGGAAUCGCGCCGAUACCCCGGAUUCUGCAAAAAUUAUUCGCAGAUGAUCGCGCGGAGACUCGUGUCCGCGUCGUUUGUUGCUUCAGCGACCCGACUAGUCUGAUCUUCGGCCGAGAACUCGGCUUUUGGGCUAGCCAAUGGAACUGCAACAUCUCCGUGUACUUCAGCCGUCCGUCAAAUACGAAUGCCGCCCUCCCUUACUUGGUCGAGUGUCACAAUCAUCGCUUAAACGAAACGGACUUCGAAACAGAAAUAGCUAAAUUAGGCACAAGAUCCUCCAUGGGCGACAUCCAAAACCUGAACCGGCCGCGCGACGUUUUCGAGCAGCUCGACGUCGAGGAUUCUGGAUCGAAACAAGCUUUCUGCCACAUUCGGUUGCAACAGCGAACAGGCAGAAAGACGAUCACCACCGUCCAGGGCAUAUCCUCCGAAUAUGAAUUGAAGAAGAUCGUGAGGUACUUAAAGAAAGAAUACAACUGUAACGGGACUGUCGUCGAGCACCCUGAAUACGGCGAGGUCAUCCAGCUCAGCGGGGAUCAACGCCAACACAUAAAGAACUUCCUCACCAAGGUGGGCAUCGUCAAAGAAGAGAAUUGCAAGGUCCACGGCUUU